UUUUUUUUUUGACACUCAUAUUCAUAUCUACCUAGACGACUAGGACCUAGCGAGGUGUUUCAACCUGCCUUCAACUCGGCCCUAGCUAAUGGUUUCAGCUAGCUGCCCACAGCGAGCCCGCUCGACUGGCUCCAAGCCUCAAGGUAUGAAGGUAACACAAAGCUAGUACCGUAUCUUCAACCAAAACGCAGCCGACAUUCACAAUCUGGUCAUUUGUCUCAGCUCAACAUUUUGCUUGUUUGAUCAAUCUAAUCUUAGAAUCUUACGUUAACCCAGAACAGCUUCGACUAUCAAGGCCCACGUUGCAAUGGCUUCCAAGGUGGUGGCUGCAGUCUUCCUCGUGUGCUGCCUGCUGACUGAGGUCGCUCACGCUCAGCCCAGCCUGCAGACGCUGACCUUCUGGAGGAGAGACAAUGAAACCUACGGCCUGGCCCGCCAUGUCCCAACCUGGUCCGCAGACAAGCUCCGCAACGGUGAUGUCGACACUUUCAACGACGACCUGUAUGAUGCUGACAUGAGCGACAUGACCAGGGGUAACAAGAUUGGCUACCAGGCCGGCACUUGCACCCUGACGUCCACCCCUGGGGAUGGCUCCGACAGGUACGUCUACAUCUGCUACUCCAUCUUCGCGUUUGACACCGGCCUGAUUGGCCCCGUCACCACGCCCAACUCCAUCGAGGUCGACAUCAUCACCUGCCAGCAGAUCUCCACGUUCCGCGAGGGCGACAGCAUCUCCCUAGAGACCCUCGUCAUCACCGGGGGGGGCGGCAAGUACUUCGGGGCACAGGGCGUUAUGCACCACGAUGAGAUCGGCGGCGUCUUCGAGGCGUACUACUACCUGCCCUACAACGUCACCGCCAUCCCCAGGGCCUUGGUCUCAACCCCGACCAACGCCACCGGUUAAAAACUAAGUUUGUUAAAGCGAGCGAAGACAAUCAAGAUCAGAGGUGCCCACCUGACGUUCUCUUAAGCACAUUGAUCUUACUCAUAGCGGCCGUUCGCAUAAGAAUCUCCCUUCUAGCGUCUAGCGUACCGGUCCAACGGAGUCCCUCUGGUCGUACAAUAACUCCAACUGACGAUCGAUGUGAGUCAAGGUAUUGCUGUCGGACUUCGACUACCGUUGUUGUUUGGAUUUUGCUGAUCAUCGGAUGAACGGUGGAGGUAUGUGUUAGAAG